CUCCCGGCCGGUGGGAGGGGUGGUGAAGGAAGCGGCCGAGAGGAGGGGGCACAACCCGGCCGGUGCCUGCCUCCGCGGUUACACCCCGCCCCCGUCCCUGCGCCCAUCGGGCUCGGGAGGGGUCCUCGCUCCCAGUUUUCCCGAUUUUCCCGGUUUCCCCCCCCCGUGGCAGCGCCCAGGCCAGCAGGCGGGGCUGGGAGGGAGGGAUGUGAACGCCCCCCGAGUCGUGCCGGGGCAGCUCGGGGUGGGCACAGGCAAGGGAACGGCGGGGCGGGCAGGGACCAGGCGAUGCUCGGCACCUCGCCCUCCCUCCGCCGGGCCGGCAGCUCUUUUCCUUCAUCCCCAGCCCGCAUCCCGGCGGGCUCCGGCGAGGUGCGGAGCCGGCAGCAGCUCUCAUCCCUUUUCCGCCGGCGAGCGGUGCCUUCCCCCAGCCCCCGCGGGAUGCUCUCCCUCCCCAACAAACCCUGUCGUGAUUUGGCAGCCGAUCGGACUCUGAACCUGCCUCUCCGCCCUGCAUUGGCUGAGGGCGACCGGUGCCGGGCGCUGACACCGGCCUUCGUCUGAGCCCGGCGGCCAGUGUCCGCCGUCGCCGGGGCGGGGGGGGGGAUGAAGCUCUCCUGGCUGGGGGUGGAUGUCUCCCGGGUGCUGCACUUGGUCGCCGUCUUCUGCCUGACCUGCGUGCUGCUGAAGGCCAUCCAGCUGUACCACCGGCGGCGGGAGCUGCUGAGGGCGCUGGCCGAAUUUCCCGGCCACCCGACACACUGGCUCUUCGGCCACGUCCAUGAGUUUCUCAAGAUGGAAGAGGCGCUGGACAAGGAGGAGAUCUGGGCACAGAAGUACCUAUACGCUCACCCUAUCUGGUUUGGGAGUUUCUCGGCAUUCCUGGUUGUCACCGAUCCCGACUACGCCAAGGUUCUGUUGGCCAGAGGAGAUCCCAAGGAUAACGUCAGCUAUAAACACCUUGUGCCAUGGAUCGGGAAAGGGUUGCUGAUCUUACAUGGGCCAAAAUGGCACCAACAUCGAAAACUCCUGACUCCGGGGUUUCAUUACGACGUCUUGAAACCAUACGUGGCCCUGAUGGCAGAGUCUACUAACGUGAUGCUGGAUAAAUGGGAACAGCUGAUCACAGACGGGAAACCGGUGGAGCUCUUUGAGCACGUCAGCUUGAUGACACUCGAUAGCAUCAUGAAAUGUGCCUUCAGUUGUCACAGCAACUGCCAGACCAACAGGAAAAACACCUAUAUCCAGGCUGUCUAUGACCUAUGCCACAUGGUGCACCAGCGCCUCCGCAUCUUCCCCUACCACAACGACAUCAUUUACUGGCUCAGCCCCCACGGGUAUCAGUUCAGGAAGGUCUGCCAGCUCGCUCAUGACCACACAGACAAGGUGAUCCACGAGCGCAAGGAGUCCCUUAAAGAUGAACGGGAGUUUGAAAAGAUCCAAAAGAAGAGACAUUUGGACUUCUUGGACAUUCUGCUGUGUGCCAAAGAUGAGAAUGGAGCUGGACUGUCCGAUGAGGACCUGCGUGCCGAGGUGGACACGUUCAUGUUUGAGGGCCACGAUACGACGGCCAGCGGGAUCUCCUGGCUCUUGUACUGCCUGGCGUCACACCCCGAGCACCAGGCACGGUGCCGGGAGGAGAUACAAGGGAUCCUGGGGGACCGGGAGACGCUUCAGUGGGAGGACCUGGGCAAGAUGACUUACAGCACCAUGUGCAUCAGGGAGAGCCUUCGCCUUUACCCACCAGUGCCUGGUGUGUCCCGACAGCUCAGCAAACCCAUCACCUUCCCCGACGGACGCACCUUGCCAGAAGGCAGCAUCGCUGCGAUAAGCAUUUAUCUCAUUCACAGAAACCCCGCGGUAUGGAAAGACCCUUCGGUGUUUGACCCUUUGCGGUUUUCCCCGGAGAACAUCUCUGGCAGGCACUCUCACGCCUUUCUGCCUUUUUCUGCUGGAAUGAGGAACUGCAUCGGGCAGCAGUUCGCCAUGAACGAGAUGAAGGUGGCGCUGGCCCUGACCCUGCUGCGCUUCGAGCUCUCGCCCGACCCCGCCCAGCCGCCCUGCAAAAUACCUCAGAUCAUCCUCCGCUCCAAGAACGGGAUUCACCUGUAUCUAAAGAAAAUCCGCUGAUGCUCAAAAACUCCUGCCUUUGCCGGAGGGAGGGACCAAGCAGAUGAUGGGGCAAUGUUUCUCUGGGGAAAAAGGUGCAGGGCAGGAUUUGGGGAUGAGGAUUCCUGAUUUCUGUGCUUCCUUCACCAGCUGAAAGCCCUUUUCGUCCUGGGCCCAGGUAGGCUGGAUGGCAUUGCACAGACCCAUUGCCAUCUGCUCCACGAGUGCCCAUCUCGGAGCAGCCGGGCAUAGCCAUGCCUCUUCACUGGCUGUCCCCUUGCCCUGCCGUAAGGGCUGGCCUGGCCUGGGAACAUCUGUAGGUCCCACCAGCUUCCUCCUUACCAAAUCCUGCCUUUCACACUCAUGUGCUGGCCAAAUCCGUGACCGUUCCCAGCCCUGCUCCAUCAUCAGCACCUUCCUCAGUGCCUAGAGGUCAGCCCUCCCCUCCUGCAGCAGGGACAGCCCAUGGCAGGCCUUUCUCUCUCUUCUCGCACUCAAUGUGUCUCUGUUUCAUUGAAAGCACUGAUUCUAGUUUGGGCUCUGACAUUCUGCCUAAACUGCAAAAUAUUCUGUAAUUUUCGUGUUAAUAAAACAAUAAUUAUUCCUGUAA